GGAUGCUUUUAAUCCCAUCUUUAUAAGACGCGCUCCUGGCAUAAGCUACUUUAACAACAAGGUCUUAAGCCUUAAACAACAGUUAGAAGACUUUUUAACAGAGUUAAUUCAAAGAAGACGUGCAGAAAUCAAUUCAUUAUCCAAUUAUACUUUACUGCCUUCCGACUUUUUAACAUUGCUCCUUACUGCUAACACACCACGGGAUCUAGAACAUACUUCACUUAAGUCAUUGAACCGACCGUUAAAUGAUUAUGAAAUUUUUUGUAUUCUUAGAGAUGUUUUCCUUGGUUCUUUUGAAACGGUUGCAACUGCGAUGUGUUCAGUAUUUUAUUAUAUAUGCAAAUAUCCUUCUGUAAAGGCUAAAGCACUUUCUGAAAUCAAUGAGAUAUUCGGAAAUUCAAUAUCUUUAAAUUCUCUUUACGAAGGCACAGAAAAACUAUCAUAUUGUGACUCCUUAAUCAAAGAAGCACUUCGCUUAAACGCUCCAUUUCCAUAUCUGCAACGAUCGAAUUCUGAACCUGUUGAAGUUGGUGGAUAUCUAUGGAAAGAGGAACAAACAUUUUUUUUACAAUACCAGAGAAUAAAUAUUAAUAAAAAUGAUUGGAUUGAUGCAGAAAUUUUUGAUUCCGAAAGGUUCUUGAAGAAUGGAAAUAAUAAGCGAUCAAUGAAUGCUAAAGAAGCUAAUAAUAAAAGGGCAUUUGCAACAUUUGGUGGAGGUGCUAGAAUUUGUCCGGGAAAGCUCUGGGCGCUAACUGAAAUAAAAGUUCUUUUAGUUACAGUCUUAAUGAAAUAUGACAUGGAAUUUGUAAAUAAAGAUCAAGAAUUGGAUUUAUCUU